CUCAAUCCAAAAUCCAAUUCCCGUUCAAAUCCAAACCAUCCCCAUCCAACCACCGCCGGAAAAUUUUCCAAUCAUCUUCUCCGAUUGAAAGAUGACCGGAAAAUUUUCCGGUCAUCCCCAAGCUAUGGGUUUGUUCUUGGAACAGAUCCUCGCCGACAGAAUCAACACGUCGGAAUUCGGCGGCGACAGAACAGAGAUGGGCGCUACGUGGAUCCACGGCAUUGGCGACAAUCCAGUUCAUAAAAUUGCUAAUGAAAUCAAUUAUUUAGAGUCUGACCAGCCGUGGGAGUGUAUGGAUGGGUUUUUAGAGGAAUCAAGAACCGUAGCUGAAGGUGGGUUCGAGCUUAACCCGUCUCUUGGUGACUCCAUUUUGAAUCUUUUCAAGAAUCUCAUGGAUUUUGCUCAAGAUAAGGUCUUGAAGUUUACUGGGAUUCUGUUCAGGAAGGGCAGAAUGUAAUUGUUCCAAGAAAUUACUUGAAGAAGCUGUGUUUGCUGUUCAUGAAAAUAUUCAAAGAACUUUCACUUCUGCAGGUGAUCUCUUAACACUAGAUUUUGAUGCUGAGAGUGAAUACAAAAUGUUUCAAGAACAAACCCGCAACUUAGGGAUGACCGGAUAAUUUUCCGGUCAUCAUUCAUUUGGAGAAGAUGACUGAAAAAAAUUUCCGGCGGUGGUUGGGUUGGGAUGGUGGUUGGGCUGGUUGUUGUGGUUAAUCAAAUGGUUUAGAUUAGAUUGGGUUGAUUUGUUCUCAUUUUGUCUUUUUUUCUAAAUUAAAUUAGGGAUAUUUUGGGUGUUUUGAAUUUUUAAGGUAUUUUUCUGACGUGUCAGCUGAUGUGGCGCCGUCAAUUUUUUUUAAAAACUAACAGCUGACUGAAAAAGACGGCGUCAGGAGUAUUUUGGUCAUAUUUGGAGUUUAGGGAGUUUUGUGCGCGCCACACAAAUAUCAGAGGGUUUUGUUCCCGUUUUUAAACAUCAGGGGGUUUUGUGUACACACUCUCAAAGGUUAGGGGGUCACAGGUGAUUAAUAGCCAGAAAUCAGCUACAACAUGAAAAGAUUGGGAAUGUGCGGAUGCAGGAUGAGACGUUUUAUAGAUUACACUUAAAUUGAAAGAAAAAAACACCAAAAAUAUUAAACUUAAUACCUCAAAACACUCCGACCUUUUAGCCCUUUUUUAAUUCUACCCUGACGUUGAAAACUGGUCAA